AUGCUGCCCAGCGCCCUGUACUGGGACCUGGUGGGCUCCUCGGCUAUCUUCAACCUGCCGGCGGCGCCAGGCUUCGGCAACCUGGGCAAAAGUUUCCUCAUCGAGAACUUGCUGCGGGCCGGAGCGCCGCCGAGCCCUGCUCAGCUCCGUCCCCUCCCCGCCAGCCCCGUCCCCCUCAAGCUGUGCCCCGCGGCGGAACAAAUCAGCCCCUCAGGGGGUCCUUACCCGACAAGAUGGGCUUUUCAAGUGCUUAACCCCUCUGCGGCGGACGGCGGCCGCCUGCCGGCGCGGGCUCUGACGGCGGAGAGAGGCGGUGUCUUCCCGCCGGCAGCAACAGCUCUUUCCAAACACUUUUUUCUCCGAGCCCCGCCAUUCUACUCGGCGUGCUGUGGUGGGUCCUGUCAGCACCCUGCAUCCCCCACUGCUUUUCCAAGAGAGGAAAGUGUGCUGCCUCUUCUGACCCAGGAGUCUAACUCCAAAGCCCGGAGGGGGAUAUUAAGAAGAGCUGUCUUUUCCGAAGACCAGAGGAAAGCUUUGGAGAAAAUGUUUCAGAAGCAGAAGUAUAUUAGUAAAACAGACAGGAAGAAACUGGCCAUUAACCUGGGUCUAAAGGAGUCUCAGGUGAAAAUUUGGUUUCAGAAUCGAAGGAUGAAAUGGCGAAACUCCAAAGAAAAAGAAGUGCUUUCAAACAGGUGCCUCCAAGAAGAAGGUCUUCAGGAGAACUACCUCUCGCAAUCCACCAUGAAUUUUACCUCCUCGUGCCCAUCUAUGUGGGAAGUGUCUCAGGAGCAGGCAAGUCCAAGGUGGAGGGAGACUUCUCCAGGAAAUUCGGAAAGACUGACAAGUACACAACCCCCUCCAAGAGCAAAUUCAUUGCAGAACCCACUGUAUUUGUAUCCUGACCAAGACACUGCAAAUAAGGCAGUUACAUCAUCAGCCUAAGGAAGUAGGGGCAGCUUGUAAAUUGGAUGGAGAGCAUGAGCUUCAGAUGAGCAGUGUUUGAAGACUAACAAUAUUUUGGACAUUGUAAAGCUAACUAGUUUAUGCCUCACAAAUUUGCUAAAGUCUAACACCAUUAAA